GAAUAUGAAGCGGAUCUUGAAGAAACGAUUGAGUACUGUCCACUUCAAUGCAACAGCGCCUCCUCUGCUAUUAUCAUUGAACAGCUACCAGAAAAUGAAGACUGUACCAUCGGCAACGGUGUCAAUGUGAUACAACGACGAAAUGACUGGUUCUUGUGGAGAGGUGAAGAUUGCCAGAAAGUGCAAAGCACUUUCAAAAUCGGCUGCACAUUUGACAGUAGGCAAGGGAAAAAGGAAGAGAAAUUACCAAUGACUAAACCGUUGAAGUCCAGGCCCGAAGGCAAGCUGAAACUCGUCCCAGCAUCUCCUGUGAAGCAUGAAUUCAACUUGAAAAGUGAAGAAAUGCCCAGCACAGAUGAUCCACUUCUUGAACAAGUAGAUCUUUUAUUGAAAGCCAUGUUCCCCACUUAUCGAAACUAA